AUGGUUCGUCAAUUUUCUUUCCUACCGAGUGAUCGUCGACGAACUGGGCCUGAUGGCAGGACUCAGCGGUACAGUCACUGGAGGCGCUACAAUACCUUCUACGGCCUGGCCUUUACCACAGCACUAUCGACGACCCUUUUACUGGCGGAAGUGUACCAAUGGCGCGUCACUGGCUACGUCUUUCUACUUGCAAAUCGAUUUCCCGCAUCUGUUGCACUCGUCGUCCAGCUGGUCGCUGCUUUCUUUGGGCUGCUCCAUGUGGCUGUCAUCUGCAAACUCAUCAACUACGCGCUCCGGCUUCGACUUACAAGAGUGAGUGUUUCGCUAGACACCUUGCGGACAUGGGUGGAUAUGAGCAUUCCGCGUAUUGAUUGGGAUCUACCGCUUCGAUUCUUCUUCCCCGUAUUGUUCGUCGUCUUCCUCAGUCUUGUUCCUGCAGCGCUAUGGGCUGGUUCCAUGACGCCAUCAGUGUCGCGUACAACAGACAGCGGCAUGUUACUGAUACCUAGCUACGAGGACGUGUCGAUGAUCAGAGAGUAUCCUAUGAUGAUAGGAAGUGCGGGACCUUCAUUGCGUACGCAAAAGGGAUUCUUCACAUAUUCUAUUGGCCAACAGCAAAGUGGACAGCUACUCUCGUCCGCUGCUUCCGCAUCCUCAACGGGCAUAGGGCCUCAUGUUCAUCGCAAGCUUGACAACACCCAGUUUAGUUACAGGGGCAGGUCCUAUGGCGUUGGCGCUCCUGUUGGACUCAUGGAUCAGGGGAUAUCGUCCAAUACCCAGGUUGCGGGCUACAUCUAUCAAGAGGAAGGCUAUCUCGCCAAUGUCACCUGCGCCUACAACACGAGCUCGAACUUUAUCCUUUCAGGGCCAGUCAACGAAUGGAUAUAUGCCGCCUCGGGCAACCUUCCUGACAGCGUGGACGGCUCCGAGUAUUCCAACUACAUUGGGCAUGAUGGCAAGGCUAUCGUCGCAAUUGGUGUAUCAUUCAGCGAACGCUCACCGCGUCGCUACCUCGCCAUCGCUGCUGGCGAAGCAUACGGCUUCCUUAACAAGACGCAAUGCGAGUUUGAUUUCACGCCAACCCUCUUCAACGUCACCGUUGACAUUGGCAGUCUCAACAUGACCGUUGAACCAGUAUCAACCAUGGAAGACUUCAACCCGCAACGCAACAUCACCAGAACCGUAGUCCGCCAAUUCGAACUAAUGUCAAACGACAUGACCAACCUAUACGUCUCCCUCCUCGGCGAAGCCUUCAACUCGAGCAUCGCCGCCUACAAAAUGUCCCGUUCGUCGGCGUCUCGCAAUCCUUUUACCGAAGAAGAAGCUACCUUGGCCGGGCUGACAAACUCCAUUACCGCCAUGGCAGACGACAUGCUCGUCGCCUACGCAUCAGCACAACUCAUGGUCGGCAGAAUGUUCACGCAGCAACCCGCCAAAGUCUACGUGUACGCCCUGCAAUUCGGUCAACCGGGGUAUAUUUACGCCAUAUUCAGUCUCAACUUGCUCGUCAUGCUCGCUGUGGCUUGCGAAGCUGUGCGGACGCGUGGGUGGUCGGCGCUUGGUCGCUUCAACUACCUCGAUCCGCGCGAUCUCAUCAUCGCUGCUUCCCGAGGCGGCGCGGAUAUUGCGCAGGCAGCUGAUGAUAUCGUGGAUAAGAGGGAUAGGAAGAAGCCAACACAUGUUUGGCUAUUGAGUGAUCCGGACGAGGGCAACGGGUCGCUGGUGGUGAAUCUAAAGGGCGAUCAGCAUGGACAUGUCAGGAUCGUAGUAGCUGAGGAGGAGACGGGGACAGAUGAGUGUGACAACAUGUAUGUUCUGGAUGAGAAAAAGUCUACAUUUAGCUUUGUGGAUGAAGAGGCCAACGAAACGGUGCGCUUGAAGAAAUCGAAAAUGGGUAUAUUCGGGUCCGUGUAGCUUUAAUAGGGACCUUGUGGUGGUAAUGGUCUUAUUGGCGGAUGUUCCUAUAUCAUACGAGUUAGGUAGGGGACGUUUGCAGCAACCAUGAUGAACCAUGCAUGAACUGGAGAAUACCACAACACAUAACCACAACACAUAAAACGGG